AACAGAAGAAGAAGAAGCUGUAAGUUGUUUACAUUUUCGAGAGUGCCAUACGCAACUAACGCUGGCGAGGGUAUCGAGAGAAAGAUUACCCCAUAGUAAACUGUCUGGUUAAUAUCCCGACCACUAAGAUGGAUGUUGGCGAGCUUUUACACUUCAAGCCUGAAAUGGCAUUAAAACGAGGAUUGGAAGAAGAGGAGGAGGAGAAAGAACGGACUGGGCGAAAACGAGGGAGACUAGAGGCUAGAGGAUUAGGACCCCUUCCUCCUUCUCAUUUGAAUUCCGUAUCACAUGUGACUUCAGCCCGUACUCAGAAAAUUAUUGAAGAGAAACUUAUGGAACUAGAGGAAACAGAAUCAGGUGAAGGUACUGAUGGUCCAUUAGAUGAAGUGAAGCUGAAGAAGAUGAUUCUUGGAUUUGAAAAACGAGUUUUGAAAAACCAGGAGCUUAGAAUCAAAUUUCCAGAUGAUCCAAGGAAGUUUAUGGAAUCAGAAAUUGAUUUAAAUGAAGCUGUAGAAGAGUUGCAUGUUGUGGCAACUGCCCCAGAGCUAUAUCCAGUGUUAGUAGAACUUGGAACUGUGAAGAGCUUACUUUCCUUACUGAGUCAUGACAACACAGACAUUGCUAUAGCAACUGUUGACCUGUUGCAGGAAAUGACUGAAGUUGAAGAGCUGCAGGAAGUAGAAGGCGCUGAAUCUUUAGUGGGAGCCUUGAUUGAAGGCCAGGUCGUAACCAUUCUUGUUCACAACCUCCAACGACUUGAUGAGACCCAGAAACUUGAAACAGACGGUGUUCACAACAGUCUUGGUAUUUUUGAGAAUCUGGCUGAAGUCUCUCCAGAGGUCUGUGCAGAAGCUGGACCUGGAGGUCUGCUAGCAUGGUUAUUGAAACGAUUGAGAGCUAAAUUGGCAUUUGAUGCAAACAAACUAUAUGCAUCAGAAAUUCUUGCUAUCUGCAUUCAGGGCCAUGAAGAAAAUCGUCGCCUUCUUGGAGAGAUGGAUGGCAUUGAUGUCCUUCUUCAGCAGUUAGCUGUGUAUAAACGUCACGAUCCACCAACCAGUGAAGAACUUGAGAUGAUGGAGAACCUUUUUGACACUCUAUGUGCAUGUUUGAUGCUGACAGAUAAUCGCGAACUCUUUCUACGUGGUGAAGGUCUUCAACUAAUGAAUUUAAUGCUCAGGGAGAAGAAAUUGUCUCGUAAUGGCGCCCUCAGAGUUCUUGAUCAUGCUUUGACUGGCAUCGAUGGUGCUGAUAACUGUAAUAAAUUCGUAGAGAUUUUAGGCUUGAGAACCAUAUUUCCACUUUUUAUGAAGACUCCAAGCAAGCAUGGCAAGAAGGGCCUUACCAAAGACCAGCAUGAGGAGCAUGUGGUGUCCAUCAUAACAUCUCUUCUUCGAAAUUGCCGUCCAAAUCAACGGUCCCGUCUUAUUAACAAAUUUACUGAAAAUGAUCACGAAAAAGUUGAUAGAUUACUGGAGCUUCAUUUCAAAUACCUAGAGAAGGUGUUAGCCACAAAUUAUGCCCUUGAAGAACAGGCUAAGGCUGAGAAUUUAAGUGAAGAUGAACUAUAUCUAAGAAGACUAGAUGGUGGGCUGUUUACACUCCAACUUGUAGACUACAUUAUGCUUGAUGUGUGCGCAACUGGGCCACCAUCCAUAAAGAGGAGAGUCUUAAAAAUUCUUAAUUUAAGAAAUGCAUCAGUCAAGACGAUCAAGAAUAUAAUGAGAGAGUAUGCCAGUAAUUUGGGAGAUUCUAAUACAGAAGAACAAGCAGAAGAGCAAGACAAAAUCCUAGAUCUCUUGGACAAGUUUCAAAAUACAUAAAGUUUUGCAUGAUAUACUUAUUUGUUUUUUAUAGAAGUUAAUCAUAUUAAAGUUGAAGUUUGCAAUAAAUGUGUAUUAUAGCUAAAGACAUAGAUGUUAAGGUAUCAUUUAUGAUGUCACUAUAAAUUUAGAAGAAAAAUAAAAAAUUGAGAUGUUUU